AGCCGGUGCCAGGAGCCUGAGGUGCCGCGAGCCCGGGACGCCCCGGCGUCAGGCACCUGUCAAGCUGCUCCGCUCCCUGGCACCGGGCGGGAAAGGGACAGCUACUAGGCGCUGGCGAGCCCGGAUAAGGAACUGCUGCAGAAAACCAAGAUGUCACAGUGGGUCCUUGGCCUCCAGGGCCCACUGCAGUGUGAAUAAGAUCUCUGUCCAGGCUGGCUGGCUCUCGACUGAGAGGCAGAGCAACCAUGGAGCUGGCGUAUGAGCAACUCAACGGGAGCCAAGUGUGGUUGGCCUCUCCCUUCGAGCUCAAUGGCUCAGUGACAGCGCUCAACAACUCGAACCAGACAGAGCCAUACUAUGACAUGACCAGCAACGCGGUCCUCACGUUCAUAUAUUUUGUGGUCUGCAUCAUUGGCUUGUGUGGCAACACGCUCGUCAUUUAUGUCAUCCUCCGCUAUGCCAAGAUGAAGACCAUCACCAACAUCUACAUCCUCAACUUGGCCAUCGCAGACGAGCUCUUCAUGCUGGGGCUCCCCUUCUUGGCCAUGCAGGUGGCACUGGUCCACUGGCCUUUUGGCAAGGCCAUCUGCCGGGUGGUCAUGACUGUGGAUGGCAUCAAUCAGUUCACCAGCAUUUUCUGCUUGACAGUCAUGAGCAUUGACCGUUACCUGGCUGUGGUCCACCCCAUCAAGUCUGCCAAGUGGAGGAGACCCAGGACAGCCAAGAUGAUCAACGUGGCUGUGUGGGGAGUCUCUCUGCUGGUCAUCUUGCCUAUCAUGAUAUAUGCUGGGCUUCGGAGCAACCAGUGGGGGCGAAGCAGCUGCACCAUCAACUGGCCAGGUGAAUCUGGGGCAUGGUACACAGGGUUCAUCAUCUACGCUUUCAUCCUAGGGUUCCUGGUGCCCCUCACCAUCAUUUGUCUUUGCUACCUGUUCAUUAUCAUCAAGGUCAAGUCCUCCGGAAUCCGAGUGGGUUCCUCCAAGAGGAAAAAAUCUGAGAAGAAGGUCACUCGAAUGGUGUCCAUUGUGGUGGCUGUCUUCAUUUUCUGCUGGCUCCCCUUCUAUGUCUUCAAUGUCUCCUCUGUGUCUGUGGUCAUCAAUCCCACCCCAGCCCUUAAAGGCAUGUUUGACUUUGUGGUGGUCCUCACCUAUGCUAACAGCUGCGCCAACCCCAUCCUCUAUGCCUUCUUAUCUGACAACUUCAAGAAGAGCUUCCAGAACGUGCUGUGCUUGGUCAAGGUGAGUGGCACAGAUGAUGGGGAACGGAGUGACAGUAAGCAGGAUAAAUCCCGGCUGAAUGAGACCACAGAGACCCAGAGGACUCUCCUCAAUGGAGACCUCCAAACCAGCAUCUGAACUGCUAGGGGGAAACAAAAGCAAAGAGAAAGCAAGCCCUGCGUCUUGGCAAUGGGCUCUAUCCUCACACUCCCUUCCUCUCACCCAUCACCGCAGCUUCUAGAAUAAAGGAUUGCUCAGCAUGAGCCCAUUCAGAGACCGGGGUUGGAGCUGGCCUGAUUGAAUGAUAGUGUCUCACAUUGAUUACCUCCCCCUGAAGGUGACAUUUAAACGUAGGCAGACAAGUCAAACUCUGGAGAGGAGGAGAUUAUGCCUGGGUGUGACCUUGAGAAACGCUGAAGCUCAACAAAAAUAGAAAAAAAAACAAAACUACCUAUGUGUUUGUGUGCUUAAAAGCUACUAUGUAAUCUUGUGUUCCGCUAUUUAUACUUGUAUUACUCCUAUCUAUUCUUUGUACAGUCAUUACCUACAUUUUCUUAGUUUAUGGAUGCGAGUAGUAAAGUCAACUGUGUAUAGUACACAUGGACAUUUACCAAAAUAUGGAACUAAAGAAAUGGACUUAACAUGAAGCCAACAAAGUUUAAGCUUCAGGGCUCUCUCUAGCAGUGUGGUCAUAUGGUCAUGAUUUUGUUUAAAAAAAAAAAACAAAAACAAAAACAAACCUGUGAAAAUAAGGUAUUUUUGUAUCCUCUGUCUUAGGAGGGCCCCCUAAACUGUAUAGACUUCCAGCCUCACAAAAUCUGCCCCCGACCUAGGGUAUUCGCUUCAUUAAGUUCAGGAAAGUUAGGUCAAAAUAAAGAGGAGAUGGGAAAAGAUAUUUGAAGACCCAAAAUAUAAAUUCAUGAGUUUCCUCUUCUCAAAUGCAGUUAUUCAUUUACCCUAAACGACUUAAGUGGCUGUAGUCAUCCAUCACUGUAUUUACCAAGACAAAACUGGCUUUGUUAUAAGACUACUUUUUUUCUUCUCAAACUGGUUUAAUCUUUCUUAGGAAGCCAUUGAGAAGAAAAAUUGCUAACAUGAAAGGCAA